AUCUAAAAGGCGAGCCGUUAAAUGGCUGCGCACAGUUUGCAGCAACUCAAACGCGAGACAGAUUAAGUGUGAUACCAGUGUGAGAUCGGUCGGAAACAACGCACGAAAAAAGAGAGAGAGGAAGGGAACGGAGGUAAGCGCGCACUCGAGCUGUAAGAAGCAUUUUUUUUCCUGGGACGCGCACAGACAGACAGCGCUGCUGGUGAGACAGCAGACAGGGUAGAGCAGGAGAGGAGGAGGACGCACAACACAAACGCACAGAGACAAAGUUCUCCUGCGUCGAGAUGAAGUAUGGUGCCAACAAAUAUCUGCGUUCCAAUUUAAUGGAAGUUUUGGAUCAUAAAGGGAAAGAAGAGAAAUACCCCCAAGGAACGAGUGCACCCAUGGAUUUCUGCGUGGCACGAGCGCUUUAGUGCAGUGGAGCCAAUGAGAGAUUCAGUCAUGAUUUGGGUCGCGUUUUUACCCUUUUUGGUUUCGUGCGCACACGGCAACGGGACCGUGGAGCAGGUCCCGUUCUUUCACGGGCAUGUGUUUGAGAACUCGUCUCCGGGCUCCCGGGUCAACGGACUGAGCGUCCCGUUAAAGCGGCUCAACUCGCAGCGGCUGUGCGGCACCGGGGAAUUUGCAGCGCACUUUAAACUCCAGGGAGACGGGAGCGAGAAUUUCCGUGUCUUUGCGCACCACAAGCGGGGGCAUAUUUUAUUGAAGACUUCUGGGGUUCUGGACCGGGAGGAGAGGGCUGAAUACGCACUUGGUCUUGGCUUGUGUUGCGGGCAAUGUGCGGGACUCUCUCGGGAAGUGGAAGAGGAGUCUCCGGUUGUUGCUGAAGUGGCGUCCAUCAAGGUGGACGUCCUGGAUACCAACGACCAUCAGCCCACCUUUCCAGAUGCAGAUGUGAAACUGAGCCUGGAUGAUGCCACUGCGCUCCGCACGGCGAUCUACACGGUCACUGCGCGGGACGAUGACAGCGGGAAAAACGCGGAGCUCAUCUACUUCGCCUUACCCAAAAACGGGAGUUUCUACGCGGUGCCCAAAACCGGAGACAUUCUCCUGGUGGACUCUAUCCUCGGCUUGGAUGAACCGAUUAAGUUUAAAGUGUUUGCCCGGGACCGCGGGUGGCCACCUCGCACGAGCCAGAGUAUAGCUGUUGAGAUCAAUCCACGGCAAUGGCCCGUGGCGCCCUCCCUGAACUCCCAGCCGGGGAAACGGAAACCUAAAUCGCAAAAUAAAGCACCAGCGCGAAGGUCCAGGUCAGUGCUGGAAUCAGACAGCCCCGUUUUCAUCAACGUGUCCGAGGAUGCAGGGAUCGGUUCAGUGGUAAUGAACCUGAAUCCGGUGAGGUUUCAGUCACCCGCGUUUGAGCUGGUGGAGCCCGACGUGGAGAGCUCACCGGUCAGCGUGAGCCGGGACAGCGGGGAUAUAGUCAUUUCACGGAGACUGGACCGAGAGACUGAGCCUCUGGUGGAGAUCACCGUCAAAGUUCAGGAUAAGAGAGGUCCAGAGUGGUAUUUGGUCAGAGUGGAGUUGACUGUGACGGAUGUAAAUGAUAAUAUCCCAGAAUGGAGCAUGGUUCCUUCUCCCUACCUUGCUGUGGUUUCCCCUGAUGCCCCUGCUGGCUCGCUGGUCUACAAGCUCCAUGCUCAGGACGGGGAUGAAGGUAACAACGGUGAAGUGGAGUACUUCCUGUCUGAUGGUGGUGAUGGCCGUUUUGAAAUAGACAGGAAGAACGGCCAGGUACGAACAACAGGCCUCCCCUUGCAGCAGGACAGGGAGUACCUGCUGACUGUGGUGGCUGCUGACCGGCUGGGCAGCCGAAGCGCCCCUGUUGUCGUCUCUGUGGUGGCUGGAGCCCGGCCGCCACAGUUUACCAACGCUUCCUUCACCAUUGCCAUACCAGAAAACACUCCUGAAGGACAGCCCUUCCUGGUCACACCUGCCUUGUCCUUCCAAAGGAAACCAAUCAGCUACAGCCUUCUCAUCAAUCCCAGCAGUCUCUUCUCCAUCUCAGCAGAGACUGGUGAAAUCAGCCUGACCCGCCCUAUUGACUACGAGAGCGACCAGCACCGCUACUUGCUAUUGGUGCGAGCCAGCGAGGGCCUGGACAGCAUGAGCAGCGCAGCAGAGGUCAGAGUUGUUAUUGUUGAUGAAAACGACUGUGUUCCAGAGUUCCUCCAGUCCAUUUACAGCAAGGACGGUGUACCAGAGACUGUGACAACAGCAACGUCCCUGCUGCAAGUGUCAGCCAAUGACUGUGACUCCGAAGAGAAUGCAGAAUUGACUUACUAUACCCUGAGUCCAGACUUCACCAUUUCCCCUCAUGGGACCAUCUUUCCUGCGGGGCCUCUGGACUACGAAAGGCCAAACCACCUGUAUGAGUUUGUAGUGAUGGCAAUUGACAAGGGAGAGGUCCCUCGCACCGGCACAACGACAGUACGGAUUCGAAUGGCUAACGUCAAUGAUGAGGCACCUGAGUUCUCCCAACAUGUAUAUCGGACAUUCGUCUCAGAGGACGCAGGCCCCAACACGCUGGUUGCCACAGUGCUGGCGAAGGACCCAGAUGGGGAUGGGAUCACGUACAAAAUCACUACAGGAAAUGAGGAGGGCAACUUUAUCAUUGACAGCCAAAAAGGUUUGAUCCGUCUGCGCUCAAGCCCGCCCCCUCACCUUCAGGGUGUUGAAUAUGUUCUCAAUGUUACAGCAACGGAUGACAAUGCUUCAGGCGGACCUCAGGCCUUGUCAUCCACAGCACAGGUCAUCGUUGGAGUGGACGAUGUGAAUAACAACAAGCCUGUCUUUGAGAAGUGUCAGCAGUAUCGAGAGAGCACGUCAGUCCUGGAGAACCAGCCAGCGGGGACAUUUGUUCUGCAAGUUCAUGCUGUGGAUGCUGACGAGGGCUCCAAUGGCAGGGUCACAUAUGGCUUCAUGCACAAAGACUCCACUGUGCCUGCAUUCAGUAUACACUCAGACACCGGAGUAAUUGUGACAGCCAGGAAAUUUGAUCGUGAACGCCAGCGGGAGUAUGCAGUGACAGUGACAGCCACUGACCAGGCAGCUGACCCACUGAUUGGCAUUUGUCAGCUCAACAUCCUCAUUCUGGACCAGAAUGACAACAGUCCCAAGUUUGAGAACAUCCGAUAUGAGUACUUUCUUCGUGAGGACACAAUGAUUGGAACUAGUUUCUUGCGGGUGGCAGCUCAUGACGAUGACUUUGGCACCAAUGCAGCUAUCACGUACUCUAUGUCCAGUGAACAGCCAGAGUACCUCAGGGUCAACCCCCUUACAGGCUGGGUGUAUGUCAACCAGCCCAUUUCUCAGAGGACGUACAUCACCAGGGAAAUUGUGGCUACGGACGGAGGGAACAGGAGCAGUUCAGUGGAGCUGUCAGUCACCAUCACGAAUGUGAAGAACCAGCCUCCACAGUGGGACAAAGACAGUUACAGCGUGGUCAUCCCUGAAAACACUGUCCGAGACACACCCAUUGUGACAAUCAAAGCUACCUCCCCUCUUGGAGAUCCCAGGGUAACUUACAACUUGGAAGACGGGAUGGUCCCAGAGACCAACAUGCCUGUCCGCUUCUACUUAACCCCCAACCGGGAAGAUGGGUCAGCCUCCAUCCUUGUGGCAGAGCCCCUGGACUAUGAGACAACCAGGAACUUCAUGCUGCGGGUCCGAGCUCAGAAUGUUGCUGCUGUACCACUGGCGGCCUUCACCACAGUCUAUGUCAAUGUCACAGAUGUAAAUGACAACGUUCCAUUUUUCACUUCCUCGAUCUACGAAGCCUCGGUCACUGAAGGGGCAGAAUCAGGAACUUUGGUUUUCCAGGUUUCAGCCAAUGACCUUGACUUGGGUCUCAAUGGCAAGAUUUCCUACUCCCUGCUGGAAGAUCGCAGUGGAGACCACCAGUAUUUCCGUAUUGACCCAGAGCUAGGAUUCAUCUACUCACAAACUGUGUUUGACCGUGAGACCAAAAGCUCCUACCUGCUGGAGGUUCAGUCUGUGGAUGGCUGGGAGUCAGCACGGCCUGGCAAACAUGGGCAACCCAAUUCUGGUAAACCCAAACGUGUAGUGAGGGUGAACUGGGAACGCCUGGCAGAGGACCCUGUCCAUGGGGUCUUCAGCUCCCACCUCCGGGAGAAUAUCUUGUGCAUCCCGGGGGAGGUUGGGGACAUGGAGUCUGAGUGGGCCAUGUUCAAAGGCUCCAUUGUGGAGGUGGCUGCUAGGAGCUGUGCAGUGAGGGAGGCCGUCAGGCUGAAGAAGGAGGCCUUUUGGGUCUGGCUGGCCCAGGGGUCUCCUGACGCAGCAGACAGGUACCAGUUGGCCAGAAGGGCUGCAGCUGUGAUGGUCACUGAAGCAAAAACCCGGGUGUGGGAAGAGUUCGGGCAGGCUAUGGAGAAGGACUUUCGGUUGGCCUCAAGGAAGUUCUGGCAGACCAUUAACCGACUCAGGAAGGGAAAGCAGGGCUUGUCUCAGGCUGUGCUCAGCAGAGAGGGAGAACUGCUUACCCGAACUGGGGAGAUCGUCGGGCGGUGGAAGGUGCACUUUGAGGACCUCCUGAACCCGGCCAUCAUGUCCACUGAGAACGCGGCAGAGCUUGAAGACUCGGGGGAACUCUCACCCAUAUCCCUGGCGGAGGUUGCUCCCCAGUGGCAAGGCGCCGGGCUGCUGGAGGGGGUGUGGGAGUUUGCCUAUCCAGUCUACAUGUGCUUUGUGGACCUGGAGAAGGCUUAUGACUGCGUCCCUCGGGGGGUCUUGUGGGGGGGUGGAAACGCUAAGCUGCGCUACCAGAUCACAUCAGGGAACACAGGAGGGGUGUUUGAUGUGGAACCAGAGGUGGGCACAAUCUUUAUCGCUCAGCCUCUGGACUAUGAGCAGAACAAAAGGUACAAGCUUCAUGUCCUGGCUUCAGAUGGGAAAUGGGAAGAUUACACAACUGUGACGGUAAACGUUGUUAACAAGAAUGAUGAGGCUCCGGUGUUUACCGUUAACGAGUACUACGGCAGCGUAACAGAGGAGCUGGAUGGCUCACCAGUAUUUGUGUUGCAGGUAACAGCAUCUGACCCAGAUAAGGAUGCUGACCAGGAGGCCCUGCGUUACUCUCUCCAUGGCCAGGGUGCAGAGAGUGAAUUCAUAAUUGAUGAGGUCACAGGCAAGAUCUACGCCCAGCGGACCCUGGACCGCGAGGAACGUGCUGUGUGGCGUUUUGUCGUCCUGGCCACAGACGAGGGUGGCGAAGGUCUGACGGGCUUCACUGAUGUCAUCAUCAAUGUGUGGGACAUUAAUGACAAUGCACCUGUCUUUACCUGUGCCCCCAGCUGCCACGGAGACGUGGCAGAGAACUCGGUAGUAGGGACGUCUGUGAUGGAAAUGACAGCCACCGACUUGGAUGACUCAGCUGUUGGCCAGAACGCUGUGCUCUCCUACAGGAUUAUGGGUAGUUUAGAUGCCACUAACAUCGAGGUGGGAGGAGUUCCUACCUUCUCAGAAAUGUUCACUAUCAACCCCACCACAGGGACCAUCACUGUAGCCAUGGGCGGUCUGGACAGAGAGCAGGUUGAGUCCUACCUCCUGGUUGUGGAGGCCAGAGAUGGGGGAGGCAUGACAGGAACUGGAACUGCUACCAUCCAAAUCAAGGAUGUGAACGAUCAUGCUCCAAGAUUCACUGACCACUCCUGCCUGGCAAGGAUCUCUGAGAAUGCAGAGCCCAAUGCAGAGGUCCUGGAGCUUGCUGCAGAGGACAGAGACACUGGAGAAAAUGCCCAGCUGACCUUUAGUGUUGUGGCUGGAGACCAAGAACAGAAAUUCUACAUGGUUAGUCAUAAGCAGGAGCAGCGUGGCACUCUGAGGCUUAAGAAACGUCUGGACUAUGAACGACACAGUGAGCAGAGGUUCAACCUCACACUGAAGGUUGAAGACCUGGACUUCUCCAGCCUUCUGCACUGUGUGGUGGAGGUGGAAGACUAUAACGAUCAUGCGCCCGUCUUUAUUCCACACCUUCUGUCUCUGGCCCCACUCCCUGAGGACAUCAGCGUGGGAACCAGUGUGGCACGUUUGGUGGCCAGUGACUCUGAUUCAGGCCAGAACCGUGACAUCACCUAUAGCCUAUCAGAGGACUCAGAUCCGGAAGGGCUCUUCACCAUUGACCAGUCCGGAGUACUUUCUGUGGCCCGGCCUCUGGAUCGGGAAAGGAUAUCACAGCAUUACUUGGUUGUCAUAGCAACCGAUCAUGGCGUUCCACCUCUAACAGGCAGUGCCACAGUCCAGCUGCCGCUGUUGGAUGUAAAUGAUAAUGGACCAGAAUUUGAGGCAGCUUACUCCCCAAUAGUCUUUGAGAAUGUGGCUGGACCACAGGUAGUAAGGUUGAACCAAACAUCAACGCUCCUCCGAGCUGUGGACCGGGACUCUCCAGAGAAUGGCCCACCCUUUCGCUUCAGUGUUCCCUCAGAGUUUCGCCACAGCAAUGAUUUCUACAUCCAGGACAACCUGAAUGGCACUGCGACACUAACAGCUCUGAGGACGUUUGACCGUGAGCGCCAGAAAGAAUUCCUCAUUCCCAUUAUCAUGAGCGACAGUGGCCAUCCAGCCAAAACAGUGACCAGCACCCUUACUGUGACAAUCGGUGACCAAAAUGAUCACGCACAUGUGGCGGGGGAGAAGAAAAUAUUCAUCAAUAGUCACAGAGGACGUAUGCCAACUACGGUGCUCGGAAAGGUCUACUCCCCUGACCCCGAUGACUGGGACAACAAGACGUAUGUCUUUGAAGGACAUGUGCCAAGUUACUUUAUCCUGAACAAGCGAACAGGCUUCCUGAUCAUCAAGGAGAAUGCCCCACCUGGCAUAUAUCAAUUCCAGGUCCGUGUGUCUGAUGGAGUUUGGCCAGACGCCGUCUCUUCUGUCACAGUGCACGUAAGGGAGCUGCGAGACGAGGCCAUCUACAACUCAGGGUCUCUCCGCCUGGCAGACAUCACAGCAAAAGAGUUCAUUGAACUGAGAGGGAAGCAUCGGAGCCGCUACGAGCUGCUGGUGGACUUCCUGUCUGAGAUGCUUUCCGUUCCACCUGAUGAUGUCAACAUCUUUAGCCUAAUGGAUGUGAAGGAGCGAAUGCUGGAUGUUCGCUUUGCUGUGCACGGUGGCCCCUCCUUCCUCCAGCCUGAGAAAAUCCAUGGUUAUCUGGCCGCACACAAACAAAAGCUUCAGUCAUUCCUGCAGGUCAGCGUGUUCCAAAUCCGGGUAGACGAGUGUCCCAGCUCAGAGUGUGCCGGGGCCGGCGGCUGCACCAACGUUUUGAAUGUGCGGGACACACCCACAGUCGUGGAUUGUGGGACUAUGAGUCUUGUAUCUGUGACAGUGGAAUCUACAGCUGCGUGCUCCUGCCCAGGCAGAGAGCAGUCCCAUCAGCCCUGCACUGCAUAUCCGAGAAACCCCUGCUUCAAUGGUGGCGUGUGUGUGGACACUCAGCAUGGCUACAGGUGCCAAUGCCCAGCUCAGUUCGAGGGGCCUGAGUGCCAGCAGAACAAGCACAGUUUCCAUGGCAACGGCUAUGCCUGGUUUCCUCCCAUGAUGCCAUGUUUUGAGAGCCACGUGUCGCUAGAGUUCAUCACGGACGUGGCUGAUGGACUGCUGCUGUACAGCGGGCCCUUAGCCCAGCUGCAGGCCUGGGACCAAGAGGACUUCAUGGCCAUAGAGCUAAUAGAUGGGACCCCCACCUUGAAAAUCAACCAUGGUUCUGGCACAGUGGUGCUACAGUUGCCAGGCAACGUGAAUGUGGCAGACAGGCGAUGGCAUCGGCUGGAUGUCCGCAGCAACAGCAAGGAAGUGCGUUUCACCCUCGAUCGCUGUUCAGGGGCAGCUGUGAUGGAAAUGGAAGGACUAGGCAGCUGGUUGACCACUGAGGACCACUCUUCCUGUGAAGUGACGGGUGUUACACCCAACACUGACAGACACCUCAACAUGAGCCAGGUGCUCCAGCUCGGAGGUGUAAAUGAGGACAUUCCCUACAUCUACCCUCAGCUUCAGCACAAACACUUCACUGGCUGCAUCCGCAACCUCAUCGUGGACAGCAAGCUGUAUGAUUUGGGCUCCCCCGCUGACUCGCAGUCCAGCUCUCCAGGCUGCCUGACCACCGACAGCAGCUGUGUCAACAUGGGUUACCCGUCCUGCGGCUACCGGGGUCGCUGUCACGGAGAGUGGGGCUCCUUUAGCUGCCAGUGUGUGCCGGGAUACACAGGACACCAAUGUGAAGAGGAGGUCCCAGAGUACUCUUUUGAUGGGCACAGUCACACGCAUUUCCAGCUGGCGUCUCCACUACCGGCUCGGAGGACAUGGGUUCAAGUCCUGGUUAGAACCCGCAAACACAGCAGUACCAUCCUAAAUCUGAUCUCGAAGGAGCAGAGUGAAUACCUACGACUAGAGAUCUACCAGGGCCUCCUCUGUGUUUUCUACAACCUCGGUGAUGGGGACUACAACCUAACACUACCCACCUAUCGCCUCGACAACGGGGAAUGGCAUGAGGUUUUCCUGGAUCGGCAUGACAAUGAGAUGAUGCUGCGACUGGACGGUGGCGGAGGGCAACGGGAGGUCACAGGGUCACGGGGCCGAAGCAGAGAAAUCAUAAUUGACCCCACCGUGGUGAUGGUGGGAAACACCUUCCCCUCUGGAAUCAACAAGAGCUUCCAGGGCUGCAUGAGGGACGUACGCCUCAAUGGUCGCUACAUGCCACUGGACAGCCAGCCGCGAGAUGGGGUUUCCCAGGUCAGCAUUCAAGGCCUCUCCCUUGGGUGCUCUUCUGACUCCUGCAAAAGGAACCAGUGUAGCCCCCCCUUCACCUGUGUUGACUUGUGGAGAGUGCACGAAUGCAGAUGUCCUCCUGGCCACAUGAUUCGUGUGAACGGGACCAGAAAGUCCUGUGUCUAUACCCUCUGUGCUACUCGGCCUUGUCACCGGGGGACCUGUGUGGCCCAGUCACCCUCCAAAUUCACCUGCCACUGUCCAGAGGGUUACAGAGGACGCCACUGCGAGACAACACUGGCCAUCUACAGGGAAGAUGUGGGCCUGAGCUUCAGCUCCCUCUUUGCCAUCUGUAUCUGCUUUAUGGCCUUACUAGUGCUGCUGUUGGGCAUUUUCCUCUACACUCGCUGGAGGAGCUACAAAGGGCUGAAAGAGGGUGUUUACCAUGUCUCAGCCCACCACGACGGCUGGGAGGACAUCCGAGAGAACGUCCUCAACUAUGACGAGGAGGGAGGCGGGGAAGAGGAUCAGAACGCCUACGACAUGGCGGAGCUGCAGAAAUCCCUCCAGCCGAGCCCGGCGCAGUCGGUCCAGUACUGCCGCUCCAGAGCCCUGCACCACCCUCCUCCUUCCCUCCACCACCACCAUCACCUCCUUCACCAGUCAACCCCAGCCCCACCCUCCACCCAGCCGCUGGACUCUCUCAGCCGUACAACCAGCUCCACCACCCUGCCCCCAUCGGCAGCCUCCACAUCCUCCACUGCCACCACCACUACCAGCCUCCGCAGGGAUGUCCCCCCCACCAGACUCCCAGCCCAGGGCCAGGCCCGCCCCUCCCAGCUGGCUCGUCGCUCCCUGUCCUUCUCCAGCCAGGACCUGGCCCGCUACCUGUGUGAGAUCAUCCGCGAUGCUGACCAGCAUCCAGACACGGGGCCUUUCGACUCCCUGCAGGUGUUCUCCACUGAGGGAGGGGGCUCACCUGCUGGCUCCCUCAGCUCUUUCAGCUCAGCAGGGCUGGACGGGGGGAGUGGCGGGGAGGGUGGAGGAGGAGAGGGGAGGAGGGAGGAGACACUAGGGGAGUGGGGGCCUCGCUUUGAGAAGCUGCGGGCGCUGUAUGAGCGAGCCGAGGCCAGUGACCUCUGAGCUCACACAGACCAACUGAUAGGACCCUGAUAACGGGCCAUCCCGAAACAAUCAAUUAGCAGACGCUUAGCGACGGCUGAGGUGGGAAAACAGUGAGAGACUGACUGACAGAGAGACAUCUCUCCACACACCUCGCUCGCUGACAACUGACACGGAAGGUGUUGUAUUUACUGGAUGAUGAGCCCCGUCAAUCAGCAACGUGGCAGAUGAAAGUGUCCCUGUGAAAAGAGCCUGUCGCUCUGCGCUCCCUCUACCUUAGAUGACAAAAUUUUGCAGGAGCAGACGUUAUCAAACCUGCCAGUCAGGUUAAAGGCUUCAGAACGUCACUCUCUAGCCGGGCUACUCAUCAUGAUGGAGCUUAGCUUCACUGUCAAAAAAAUCUGUUCCAGUCACAGCCACUGAAACCCCAAAUUUCCUCUAUUUUCUAACACUCAUUGUGAGCUGCUCUGGAUGAGUGUCAGCUGAAGGCCUCAAAUGUGAAAUGAAAAUGUUUUGGCCAGGUUAUUUUUUAUACCUGAGCAAAUCAAUGCCACAUGAAAUGUAUUUUUAGCACCUUGCUGCUGAAUGAAAUCUUUGUAAAUAAACAAAGGACUCUAACAUAUAUUCAGCUCCGCACUGUUACAUGAUUCGGCAGAGAAGAUGAGUGGGAUCAUACUGAGUAGCCCAUACAUCACAGAGUUUGGAUUUUCAGUAUAUAGUGGACACAUUGUGUUCUCGCUGCCUGGCUGUACACAGCUUCUGUCAAUGUUUGUAUGAGAAAAAAACGUGCUUCAGCCAGCACUGGGUUGCAGGGUGAGAUUAUUAUUCUUUCUUCUGGUAAUGUGUCCUUCACUGGGUUGAGUAAUUCUGUAUUGGUUGGGUGUUUCAAGUUUCAAUGCUCUGUGGGUUGUAAGACAUCAAGCUUUCUACUUACUACUGCGCCUUCGUCUUCAUGUGAUUUCCUAUUCUCAUUCGCGCUCCUCCGCUGCGCGUUCCUGCUCACCCAAGGGAGAGUGCACAAAAAUUCAAACAGCUUUGUAACAAAGAAAUGGGAGCGGACGAGCGGACUGCGGGAGGGAGGAAAUACUUGCUCUGUUGCUCUGUUCCACGUACGCUCUUCCUCAGGCAUACCAAAUGUGGCGGCUGCAAGAGACUAUUUUAACAGAUGAUUGCACGGUAGAAUACAAACUAUGUCAAACGGCUUUCCAAGGUGACUACUCAAUAAAUACAAACGGAAGGAGGAGGAGGAGGAGGAGGAGGAGGAAGGAGAUUGAGGUGAUUAUUCAUAUAUAGUUCUGAGCUGUGAUACCUGUGCCAUACGCAACAUUUAUCUAUUGCCCCUUGCUAAAUUACCACAUUUUCUUGAAUGAUGGAAAAUGGACUGAAAACUGCAGGGAAAUAAUAAGUCUGCAGUUAUUAUCCAAGCUGUGAAUUGUCAGCAGAGUGUUCCUCUUGUUUGGCUUCCUUUUCACAUCAGUUUGAUGGAUCUUUUUUUUUCCCCCUCUCAACUCCAAAACUCCUGCUGUUGUGGAACUGGUAUGAACAAUUGGAGUAAAAAGGAAGAAGAGGCAAAGCCCAAUAAAAAAGCAGCAAAGGGAAAGAGGAGCGCUGAGUCUGAGAAGGACCAGUUCUUUUUACCUUUGAUAAGAGAGAUGAUUACAAGGUAAAGGGUUGAAUCAGGGAGCAAAUGGGAAGGAGAGGCAGAGAGGAAGCAUCUUACCAUGCCUUGCUCUGUGGCGAAAUGUGUCACCAGUGCACCAUGGAGCUCAGUUGCUCUGAAGGGAGCUGUAGAGAGGAGGGUGAUGCUGGGAGCAGCAGUUUUCUGCUGAAACGGUUUGUUGCACAGCAAAUGGCAUAAAUAUAAAAGUCAUGUGUCCUAACCUCAUCCCACCACUACCCCGCCUCCCUGCAAUCCUCCAAAAAGCCGACCUGGCUUCUCCUGGCAUUUCAGACGCUGUAUUCUGCUGGAAGAAGCAGCAGAGCUCUCAUCAUGCUCUUUUUAUUCUUCUCCACGCUGGCAGAGCCGAGCCUGUCGGCAGAGAGCAGUUAAAGGGUAGGAGUGUGUGAAAACAUGUCAGGCCACUAAUCCUAAUAGGAGCUGAUGGCUUGCUGUCAUGCUGGAAAAAACCAAAGGAUUGCGGGUACUUAAAAAAAAAAAAAAAAAAAAGUCGACAGAGGAGUCGAUUCCCAGAUUGCAGCUUUCCAGAAACACGCUAUUUUCUUAAAAGCCAGGGCAACAAUGCAGCUUUUAAAAAUAAGAGACUUGCCGGUCAGGUGAGGGUUCAGUCCACUGUGGGAUGAUGCUUCAAACUAGGACACACAGGCUUUUCUUUUUUAAAGACAGUAGGGAUUUCCUAAAGGGGGGAUGCUUGUUUGUUUUUUUGUUUUUUAUUCCUCUGUAGAAAAGGGCCGAGCCUGAGCCACGCAGAGUGGUGAAGGAUGGAGGCACUUCAUGCUACACUUCUCUCUCCGCAGCUGUGAGAAGCAGCUCACUCCCCACCACCAUUCAUUUGUACCAUACAACGGCUUCUUAAAUGUUGUGUUCCGGGUGCAGACAUGUUGUGAACAAAGUUAAUGUUUUUACAUCAUUUGUAAAUACAAAGAUAGAUUAAUUACAAAUAUUGCUUUUUGUCAAGAAAGCACCACAUAGAUUUAAAAUGUGCAGCUACUGAGAAAAAAAAAUAAAUAAAAUCGAACAUAUCUUUUUUUAUCAUCAAGAUGGUGAUGAGCUUUGGACAGUUAUGUAAGUGUUUUGUAUUUGCUUU